GAUGCUCAUCAUCAUCGUCGUUUCAACUUCCAAGGAGAGAGAGAGAGAUGGAUUUAGCAAGCAAAGCGAUGAACAUAGUGAACAAAUUGGUAAACAGCAACACAUUCGUCAACAUAUGCUUAGUGGGUUCAUUCACAGCUCUUGGAAUCAGAUCAUUGAAUCAAGAAAACCUAAUUGCAGCCCUUGAAUCAGAGAGACAAACUCUUUCCAACACCAACAAAGCUAUGAAGAAAUCAAUUUGGGAUUGGAAACAGAAGCUUUACGCUGAAGCUUCUUCCUCUGAAACCGCCAUUGUUCCUCUUUCUCGGCUUAAAGCCAUCUAUGGCGAAGUUGUCACUGCCCCUUCUGAUGAGGAGAAAACUGCAGAAUCAUCGACUAAGCUUCUUAUUUGAUGUUGUCUUUGUAAUGACAAAUGCUACCUUAGUUUCAGGAGCGACAUUUUGUUCUAUAGAAGAUUAGAUAUAGAAAUCCUGUAAUUGGUGCUGCCAUGAAUUUCUGAAGGGCUUGAUACUUUGAUAUGAAAGGAAACUUGUAUGCCAAAAUAAGGAAAUUUUGACAGAUUACAA